UAAUGAAUGCAAACGGCUCUACAUGAAAAUGUUUAUUUUUGGAAAUUUAAAAAACAAUUACAAUAUGAAGAUAUUUGUAAUAACUUAAAAACCUUAUGUACACCUUAAAGCCAUCUUAGAUACCUGAAUUCUUGAUAUUUUACUUCUGUGACAAAAGAAAGAUUGCACAGCCAGACCAGGAUUUGAACUAUUAAACAGACGCUCAAACCAAUUGAACUAUCUGGUCGUCGGCGAAAAACCGAGUCUAGUUCCGCUACAUCCCUUCCUCCUAAUACAAAGUCUUUGAUGCUGAAGAUACACCAGAUUUUAUACCGUCUUAUGUUGGUAAACUUUGUUGGGUGCCAAAAGUAGCAGGAGAGAAAUGCACAGCCAUGCCAGACUGGGAUUCAAACCCAGAACCCUCAGACUCUAGACGGACACAUGAUCGCCAGUGAUCAACUUUGUCUAGUUCCUCAUAACUUCUUAUAUCACAGAACAGAUAUGUUAUAUGCCUACACAAUAAUCGGUUUAAAUUUCUUAAAGAUAAAUAUUCAUUUGUUCUCAAUAGGCAAAUCAAUAAAAUACCACAUAUAAUUUUACAUGAUGAGUAUGUAGUGUUGAAUAACAUAUUUACAUGCUAUAAUUACUGAUAUGUAACAUUGAUUCAUCGUGCCACACAUAUAAUAUGGUCACAAAUGUCAAUAAUAACUAUUUUACAAGAAAGCAACUGAUAUACCAUAUCUGGUGCGUUUGGAUCUUUGAAGAUUAUCUGAAGUUUAAAGAAAUAUUAGGUUGAUGACAAAUGACUGUGAUAACCAUAGAUCACUAAAUAAAAGCAUAGAUAGUCAAAAACAUUUAUUUCUAAAAACAAAAGGUAUAUAUGAAAUGUUUAUCUUAAUUGUUUAAUAAGUCAAAAUCAUGCAUACCAAACAUUUCCGCACACUCAACAUUACAAUCAAUCUAUUUUAUAAACCAGGCCCCAGGAUCAUGAAAUCUUGGACUUAUUUUUUUGCUUAGCCAAUCACGUAUGACAUCAUUUUUCAUAACAGUAUUUGUGAUUGGUUAAGUCAAAACUUGAGACAGUUUUAGAAUUAAGCUUGUUUUAUGAUCCAGGGGCAUGUAGUUAAUGCUGUCACUAUAAUGAUUGCCAAACAAAAUUAUGUCAACAUACAUGGUCAUUCCAAGGCAACAUGUCACAAUGGUGGUUCCCGGACAACAUGUCACAAUGGUGGUUCACCGGACAACAUGUCACCAUGGUGGUUCACCGGUCAACAUGUCACAAUGGAGGUUCCCGCACAACAUUUCACAAUGGUGGUUCACCGGACAACAUGUCACAAUGGUGGUUCCCAGUCAACAUGUCAAAAUGGUGGUUCCCGGACAACAUGUCACAAUGGUGGUUCCCGGACAACAUGCCACAAUGGUGGUUCACCGGACAACAUGUCACAAUGGUGGUUCCCCCACAACAUGUCACAAUGGUGGUUCCAGCACAACAUGUCACAAUGGUGGUUCCCGGACAACAUGUCACAAUGGUGGUUCCCGCACAACAUGUCACAAUGGUGGUUCCCGGACAACAUGUCACAAUGGUGGUUCCCGGACAACAUGUCAAAAUGGUGGUUCCCGCACAACAUGUCACAAUGGUGGUUCACCGGACAACAUGACACAAUGGUGGUUCCCGGACAAGAUGUCACAAUGGUGGUUCCCGGACAACAUGUCACAAUGGUGGUUCCCGCACAACAUGUCACAAUGGUGGUUCCCCGGACAACAUGACACAAUGGUGGUUCCCGGACAAGAUGUCACAAUGGUGGUUCCCGGACAACAUGUCACAAUGCUGGUUCACCAGACAACAUGUCACAAUGGUGGUUCACCGGACAACAUGUCACAAUGGUGGUUCACCGCACAACAUGUCACAAUGGUGGUUCCCGGACAACAUGUCACAAUGGUGGUUCCCGCACAACAUGUCACAAUGGUGGUUCCCGGACAACAUGUCACAAUGGUGGUUCCCGGACAACAUGACACAAUGGUGUUUCCCGGACAACAUGACACAAUGGUGGUUCCCGGACCACAUGACACAAUGGUGGUUCCCGGACAAUAUGACACAAUGGUGGUUCCCAGACAACAUGACACAAUGGUGUUUCCCGGACAACAUGUCACAAUGGUGAUUCCCAGACAUUAGUUCACUAUGGUGAUUCCUGGACAACAUGUCAUCACCAUAGGGAUUCCCAGACAAAAUGAUGUCACAAAUGGUGAUCGCCAUCCUUGAUAUACCGGAGGUAACACUCACCUACCUUCUCUACAUGCCUGGAAUAUGUAACGAAAAAAGUGAAGGCUCAGUGUGCCCCACCUUCUGGAUGAGACGAGAAGACUA